AUGAGCACGGCACAUGGAGGGGCGGAGGGCACAUGGAGGGGCGGAGGGCACAUGGAGGGGCGGACGGCACAUGGAGGGAUGGAGGGCACAUGGAGGGGCGGAGGGCACAUGGAGGGGUGGAGGGCACAUGGAGGGGUGGAGGGCACAUGGAGGGGCGGAGGGCACAUGGAGAGGUGGAGGGCACAUGGAGGGGCGGAGGGCAAAUGGACGGGCGGAGGGCACAUGGAGGGGUGGAGGGCACAUGGAGGGGUGGAGGGCACAUGGAGGGGCGGAGGGCACAUGGAGGGGCGGACGGCACAUGGAGGGGCGGAGGGCACAUGGAGGGGCGGAGGCGGAGGGCACAUGGAGGGGCGGAGGGCACAUGGAGGGGCGGAGGGCACAUGGAGGGGCGGAGGGCACAUGGAGGGGCGGAGGGCACAUGGAGGGGCGGAGGGCACAUGGAGGGGCGGAGGGCACAUGGAGGGGCGGAGGGCACAUGGAGGGGCGGACGGCACAUGGAGGGGCGGACGGCACAUGGAGGGGCGGACGGCACAUGGAGGGGCGGACGGCACAUGGAGGGGUGGAGGGCACAUGGAGGGGCGGACGGCACAUGGAGGGGUGGAGGGCACAUGGAGGGGUGGAGGGCACAUGGAGGGGCGGACGGCACAUGGAGGGGCGGACGGCACAUGGAGGGGCGGACGGAACAUGGAGGGGCGGACGGCACAUGGAGGGGCGGAGGGCACAUGGAGGGGCGGAGGGCACAUGGAGGGGCGUAGGGCACAUGGAGGGGCGGAGGGCACAUGGAGGGGCGGAGGGCACAUGGAGGGGCGGAGGGCACAUGGAGGGGCGGAGGGCACAUGGAGGGGGGGAGGGCACAUGGAGGGGCGGAGGGCACAUGGAGGGGUGGAGGGCACAUGGAGGGGUGGAGGGCACAUGGAGGGGCGGAGGGCACAUGGAGGGGCGGAGGGCACAUGGAGGGGCGGAGGGCACAUGGAGGGGUGGAGGGCACAUGGAGGGGUGGAGGGCACAUGGAGGGGCGGAGGGCACAUGGAGGGGUGGAGGGCACAUGGAGGGGCGGAGGGCACAUGGAGGGGCGGAGGGCACAUGGAGGGGUGGAGGGCACAUGGAGGGGCGGAGGGCACAUGGAGGGGUGGAGGGCACAUGGAGGGGCGGAGGGCAUGGCAGUGGGCAAGUGAGCAAACGGGGAAAUGGGCGUAUGGGCAAAGGAAGACAAGUGAGGGAGGGGGGAGAGGAGAGGAAGGCAAGGCAGGAAUGGCGCCGUCCAAGUUGUUGUUAUUGGAAAUGACAGGGGUAGAGGGGCACAUGAAGACACGGAGGGGCAGUGGGCAAUUUGGCGAGUUGACGAAUGGGCAGAUGGGCAGAUGGGCAAAGGAAGACAAUUACGCAGGGGAGGAGAGGGGCAAUGGAGGGGUGGAGGGGCAAUGGAGAGUGUAA